CCGCGCGCGCGCCCGGACGCGGAAGCGCCGGGGCCGGAGCGGCGACGGGAAGCGCUGCCAUGACCAACCUCCCGCCUCCGGCGUCGUCGUCCGGGAAUUGCUUUUACAUCCUGACGGAAGACUGUGCCUACGGAAGCAAAUACUUCCAGGCUGGCACCAUGUGCUUCUGCAGCGAGCGCAGCUACCUCCGGAAUUUUUCCGAGGCCGGGCCCCCCACGUGCUUCCUGAAGGUCGUCGUGCUGGACGACGGCUCCGGCGUCACCGUCAACGUCGGGAUCCUGCAGCCCCUGCGGGAAGAAGCCGCCGGGUUCCUGCUGGCCAUCGGCAGCCCCAAGGAACGCCUGAGCUUCUUCCUGGAAAGGCUGAGCUUGGAAGCGGCGCUGGGAGCCGCUCCCGGCCGGAAUGUGAUGGUGGAGGUCGACCGGAAGUUCUUCCCGGGCGUGAUCCGGUACGUCGGGAGCAUCUACAAGCCCAGCUUGGCCGUGCUGGCCCCGGUGUUCUUCGGGGUGGAAUUGCAGGGCGAGGGGGAAAACCGCGGGCGCAGCGACGGCUCCUACCAUGGCACCGAGUUCUUCCAGUGCCGGAAGAACUGCGGGAUCUUCCUGCCCUUCAGCAAGAUCCAGUUCGAUCCCGGCGCGGGCAAGAAUUCCGGGAAUGGGAAGCCCAAGGAGGCCGAGGAAGAGGCGCUUCCCGUAAAAGUGGGAGACGCCGUCAGCUUUUACGUGGAUGAGAUCCCGACCAAGGGCGUCGCCAUGGCCGUUUACCGGGAAGGGAGCCAGUGGUUCGUCAGGGUUUGUCCGGAAGAAGAAGGAACGACAGAUAUUUUCCGGGAAAUCCCGAUGGAUUCUGUGGUGAAGGAGAGUUUGCCGAGUUUGUUUCCGUCCUUCGACUCCGACGUGAGUUUGGGACCCCCAAAUCCAAGGAAAGCGGAGACGAGCGAGAGCGGCGAGGAGGGCGAAGGUGGGAAUUCCCCCCUGGAAGUGAACUCCAUGGUCCAGAUCGCCUUGGACAAGGGGAGCCAAGUGUCGGGAAUCAUCCGCUGGUUGGGAUUCCUGCCCCAGAUUAAGGAGAAAAUGGCGGGAGUGGAACUGGAUGAAGACAAGGGGGUCACCGGGGGCGAGUGGUUGGGCAAGUCCUACUUCCACUGCGCCCCAAAACGCGGCCUCUUCGUGAGGCUCAACUCCUGCCAGCCCGACCGGCGCUUCCAGAGCCUUCCCGACGCCCACCCCUCCCCCCUGGAAUACGGAGAACGGGAAGUUCUUCCCCGGGCUCCUCCGGAGAGUUUUCCUCCCCUCCGGAAUGAGGCGGCCGUGCGCGUCCUGCGGGGCCGGAUGAAGGGCAUCCAAGGCCACUGCAACUCCUGCUACAUGGAUGCAGCUCUCUUCAGCCUCUUCUCCUGCACGUCCGUGCUGGACUCCAUGCUCUUCAUGCCCUUCCCACUGAAUGACAGGAAUGUGCAGGGAAUUCUGCGGGAUGAGAUCGUGAAUCCCCUCCGGAGGACUGGAUUUGUCCGGGCCAGCAGCGUGAUGCACCUCCGGGAGCAGCUCACGGACAAGGGCCAAUGUUCCAGCUUCACCAACGCUGAGAAAGAUCCCGAGGAAUUCCUCAACCUCAUAAUGCAGCAGAUCCUGGGAAUGGAGCCACUCUUGAAACUCCAGUCAGGAGGGCAGGAGCAGGAUUGUUACUGCUACCAGAUCUUCCUGGAUAAGCAGGAGGAUCUGGUGGUUCCCAACGUGCAGCAGUUGGUGGAACGUUCCUUCCUGUCCUCGGAUCUGAAGCUGGUGGAGAUCCCAUCCUGCUUCAUUAUCCAAAUGCCCCGUUUUGGGAAGGAAUACAAAAUGUUCAGCAAAAUCAUCCCUUCCUUGGAGCUGGACAUCACAGACCUGCUGCUGGACAGUCCCAGGGAAUGCUGCCUGUGUGGAGACGUUGCCACCCUGGAAUGUUUGGAAUGUUUCCAGGACCAGGUGUUCGCAGCCACGGGCCUGAAGCAGUUCUGCAGCUCCUGCUCCAGACAGGUUCACUCCCAUCACCGACGCAAGGCGCACAAACCGGCGCGGCUGCACGUCCCGGAGGAAUUCCAGCGGUGGAAUUCCCGGCGGAGGCAGCCGAUCCCUCGGGAGAAGCUGGAGCUCUUCGCCGUGCUCUGCAUCGAGACCAGUCACUACGUGGCCUUCGUCAAGUACGGCCCCGGGAAGGAGCACUGGAUGUUCUUCGACAGCAUGGCCGACCGGCACGGUGGCGAAAGCGGCUUCAACAUUCCCGCCGUGACGCUGUGCCCGGAGGUCGCCAAAUACCUGGAAUUGCCCUUGGCCGGGCUGGCCCUGGAGCAGCCCCGGGAUAUGGAUGGAGUGGCCAAAAGGCUCUUCUGUGACGCCUACAUGUACCUGUUCCAGAGCCGGAAAAUGGCCCUGUACAAGUGACCCGGAGCGGCCUCGGGAAUCCGGGAUCGCUUCCCGGCCCCUCGGGAACAGCCGAGUCUGGACGCAACAAGCUGCACUUGGGAGCCUCUUCUUACCUCUCCGGGUAUCCCGCUAUCCACAGGUUUGGGAAAUCCAGGCUUUAUCCCGUGGGCACAGCUGGACUUUGGAAUUAUCGACGCCCGGAUCCCGUCUCGUUCCGCGCGUUCCCAUCCCGCCCUUUUCCCUUCCCGCCCUCCUUUUCUCCCGUCCCUCCGAAGCCGAGGACCAGCAGCAACCAAAGCACCGGGAUUCACCCUCAGGUUUUCGGGGAGCACAAGGAAUCCACAGCCUCCCCUUCCCUGAAAACAUCCUCGCCUGGAUUCGGGGGAGUGGGAAAACCGGGCGGGAGCCGGUUGAGAUGGAUCAGGAGGAGGGGUUUUCCCUCUAAAUCCCUCAAUUAUCUGCACUUCCCUCAUCCAGCACUUUUUUCCUGCCAUCCCUCGGGCGUCUCGAGCUGAAAAUAUCCUUUAAAAUCAGACAUUCCUGGAAGAAGAAAACUGGGAGAAGGACGGAGCACCUGCCGCUCCCUCCCUUCGGCAAACUCCGUGCGGGAUUCGGGGUUUCCACUUGACUCUUGAGCACUUCCCAUCCCGUUGUUUUUUUUUCCACGUCCGCUUCCAAGUUCGGUGCCAAACACCGGAAUUCCAAGGGCAGAAAUGGGAAAAGAAACCAAAAAAAACCAAAAAACCACUUUUGGAUUUCCUGCCCCGAGUCCAGGAAAGUUUUGGGAUUCGGCGGGAAUCGAUAUUCCAUGAAGUUUAAUAAAUUCGUGAACUGGGGGAUUCGUGGACGUGGAAUUCCAGCGGCGGGACACCCAAAACCUCAUGGGACACCUCCAGGAAUCCCGGAUUUGCAGCUUUAACCCCUCUCCCUGCUCUUUUUUUUCUUUUCCCUGUUUAGUGCAGGAAUUUUCCCACCUGGCUUCGGAUCUGUCCCAGUGGCUCGGGCCACGCGGUUUAGGAUCGUCUUGGCAUUCCAUCCCUACGGAAUCCUUCCACUUGGAUAAGUCCCACCUGGAGUUCUGGGCCUGGUUUGAGCUUCCCAGUCCGGGAGAGAGGAAGAGAAUCCAAGGAAGAGCCGGAUGAAGGGAUUGGAUGAAGGGAUUGGAGCAGGAGAGGCUGGAAGAGCUGGGAUUGGAUGAAGGGAUUGGAGCAGGAGAGGCUGGAAGAGCUGGGAUUGUCCAUCCUGGAGAAGGGGAAUCUCCUCCAUAUCCAUAAAUCCCUGAAGGAACCCCCGGGAGCUUCCGUGCCCGGCGCCAGGACCAAAGUGGUUUCGCUCGGAUUCCCUCUGGACAUCGGGAAUCACAUCCUUGGGGGGUGACAGGGGGGGAAUUCCAGGAAUUCCGCUGGCACAGGUCGCUCCCCUCGGCCACCCAAGUCGUUCUUCAUUCCUCUUUUCCCAAAAAACUCGGGACAACCUUUACUCCGGCACAACGAACUCGGGGAUUUUUUGGUGCUUUGCUCUAAAAAAAAAUAAUAUGGAACUUCCGGCGAAAUA